AUGGUCAGAUGUUUCUCGGAUUUGGUCGCAUCCGGCACGAUGUGCCUUCUCAAACAAUGGCUGCCCUGUGCUGCACACCGUUUGCACUUGACGGUGUGUAAUGGUUUGGCCCUAUAUAAAACGAGGCACACUGAGAAGGCUGGCAUCUAUGGACAUAAAACGGUAGAGGACGGUCUAGCACAAGCGGAAGAAGUUCUGAAGGAAAUGGAUGCAAUGGAUCCCACCGAGGGCGACAAUUCCACUACUGUCAACACUGAUGCGCUUCUGAUGGAGGCAGAGGAGGACAUUGAACAGGACGAGCCUGAUUGGGGGCUUGAAGGAGAUGAUGAAGCAUUCCGUGAUGGCAUCGAGACUGCUGGGCGGGUAACUCGCACCCAAGCAAGCGCUAAGCGCUCGGUUGACCGUGUUCGAACAUUGAUCUCACUGCUGCGAAAAUCUACCACUGCUCGUGACAUCAUGAAUGAUGUGAGGGAAAAGUUCCCCCCCGCUAGCAAAGGAGGGACGGCUUACUGCGGGGACACGGUCACCCGCUGGAAUAGCACUUUCGCUAUGAUCAAGCAGAUCCUUGAUUACAAGCUCCAAUACGAAGAGUUUCAGC